UCGAGGCCUCCAAAACGAAGAAACCACGCGGAACAGCUCGUCUCUCCCCGAACCCUAUCGCUGCUUUCCUACUUCCUCCGACGCACAGGUUAGAAGGAGAAACAGUUGCAGGGUCUACGUGCUACCCCGGCGCGGCGGCAGAGCGAAGCACAGCCAUCUCUCUUGAAGACAGCGUAUGGACGGCAUGGGCGUUGGGGAUGUUUGCGAGAAGGGAUCUCCUGGCUUGGCAUCGUCAAGCACAACACCCUCUGAACCAAAGGAAGAUGGCCAUGUAAUACUGAUUCCCCAUUCCCACAUCUUCGCCCUCAUGCUGCAAGCUCUGAAGUUGCCGCCUGCGAAUUACCAUCAUAAGACAUAUCCGGGCAACAACUCUCGUGUUACGGUUACUUUUAAUUCAUCAUUACAGUUGAUCGAUGGUUUGCGUGUUCGAACCUCGAUAUCUGGUGUGAUCUCAAACAACUAUGAUGAAGCAGAAGACAGUGCUGCUAUCGCAGCCAUUAGGUUUAUGGAGAAUGCAUGUGGCAAGGAAAUCAGGGACUAUCACUACACCCACGUACAAAGGCUGGAAAAUCAAGUCACAUUCCUAGAGCGGUACCUGGAUGAAGCAAAAAAGAGAAUCAAGAAGGUACGCAAAGGAUGGUUCUAUGCUGUCAGAUACAUGAGCUCGUAUUCUACUCAGAUACAAAAUACGACAGCUGCUCGUCGCCUAAGAGGGCAGGACAGCACCAAAGGGGCGAUGAAAACAGCACUCGCAAGCACAAGAAAGUUGGCAAAAAGACUAUGUUGUAUUGGCCUGAAAUUGGAGCAGUGCCUAGAGACUACAGAUAGUAUCUGGUGAGCUCUGUUCGGCACAUCGUACCCAGUAUGUUUAUGAACCAUUGCCUUUGUAAUGGAAAGUACCACCUGGUAUCAUGUAGCUCUUCUCACUUUGUUUUGAGCAAGGCACAGAGAUUAUGCUUCUAUGAACUAACUUGUUGGCAGACUGCCCUUCCUUACUAUAAAUUAUGCUUCUAUGAACCAGCUUGGUAUCGGGCUACCAUCCCAUGUUGUAAAUUAUGUAUUAUAUAUUAUGAACGAGCUAAAGCAAUGGUCGUGGUAAUUUUUCUCUCA